CUCGACCCUAUACAAGACAAACAUAAGCCAGAUGGUGACAAGAACAACCUCUUGUGUUAUGGCCAAAGCAGCCAUGGAGGAAAGAGAAAAAAGGGAAUAGAAUGGGUCUCCUCAAGAUGUAACCUUUUUUUAGACCAUCACUGCCCAUUCUGUAGCAAAACCCAAUAAAACCCAAAGCCAUCUCACUCCCCUGCCUCUUCCUCUCCCUCUCCUCUGUCAGACAUAUCAUGCCUGACCUAGCACAUCAAGAUUGAAGCUUUUGCGACGGAGCUUUCUCUGGGUUUUUGACGAAAUCUAAAACCCAGUUGGGAUUUGACUGAAGCCAGUGCUGAUUUGAAGCUGCCUGCCACUGGCAGGAGAGAACCAGUGAACUUCCUGGUAAUUCUCUCUUUCACAACUUCAAGUAUCUCAAUUCUUCCACACCGUCUUCGCUUGAUUUGCAGUUCUUGCCGAAGAAUAAUGUUUUGUUUAUGUUAGCUUCAUCGUUUUCUCGCAUCUGCAAUCCACUGUAAGUGGUCUUCGAACAAGUUUUGUGUUCACUGAAAACCUAGGGAGACGCUUGUAAACUUCGGUAUUUGCCUUAUUGGACAUGUGUUGAUCGAAAGAAAAGCAUCACCAGCUAUAAUCUCUAGACAACUUUGGAUCAUGACAUGUUAGAAAACGCUGGAGAUGUACUUUUCUGGUUAAAAGAAAGAUAAAACGCUGAUGAGAAAAUGCUGCCUGAUUAGCAUUUGGUGUCUAUUGGCACGGGUCUGCCCAAGUGUUUGUUUUUACCGUUUAUGUCUUGUUUUGCGAUGACUACAAAGUGAGCAAUCAGCAACUAAGUAAUUUUCCUCUCUAAUCAAAUCGCCAUAAGGGCUAUGAAUCUCCGCAUCAAAUUGUUCUUGUCAAUGACUGCUAAGAAUGCAUCAUCGAAAGGGACAACAAAAACUAGUUGGAUUGAUCUCCCGCCUUGGAAUUAUUGAUUUCUUCUGCCAAUCUCUUGCAUUUGUUUUUAUCUUUAUUAGCCGUACUUUGUUCUCAUAUUUGGACGGAUUGCUGAUUAUACCAAUGCCUCGAAUCGGGGCGGUUUCAGGGUGAUGAGUUUGGCUCUCAAUAUCAAUUGUUGAUGGCAGGAAACGUUCAAGAAGACAGAUCCUCUGUCACUUCAUCUCCCCUUCCGUUAUUUCCCUGGAUGUCACUAUCUCCAGGACUUGGAUCCCCAUUCCCAUGGUUGAGAGACCUACAACCGGAAGAGAGGGGGUUGUGUCUCAUUCAGCUCCUUCAUGCUUGUGCAAACCAUGUGGCUGCAGGGAGUGUCGAGAAUGCAAAUGUUGGCCUUGGCCAUAUCUCCCACCUUGCCUCUCCUGAUGGUGAUACUAUGCAAAGGAUUGCUGCUUACUUCACCGAGGCGCUUGCUGACCGGAUGCUCAAAGUCUGGCCUGGUUUGUACAAAGCUCUCAAUUCCACGAAAACCCGUUCACCCUCUGAAGAAAUUAUUGUCCAGAAGCUCUUCUUCGAGCUUUGCCCCUUUUUGAAGCUCUCAUAUGUCAUAACAAACCAGGCUAUUGUGGAGGCGAUGGAAGGUGAGAAAAUGAUACAUAUUAUAGAUUUGCACUCAUUUGAGCCUGCUCAGUGGAUUGAGCUACUCCGGACAUUAAGCGCACGGCCUGAAGGUCCACCUCAUUUGAGAAUCACAGGUAUUCAUGAGCAGAAAGAGGUGUUGGACCAGAUGGGAGCUCGAUUAGUCGAAGAAGCUGAAAAGCUAGACAUCCCAUUUCAGUUCAACUCCAUAGUGAGCAAGCUUGAGAAUCUCGAUCUUGAACGCUUGCGUGUGAAGACGGGAGAAGCUCUUGCAGUCAGUUCUGUUCUUCAGUUGCAUUCUCUCUUGGCAACUGAUGAGGCUGAGGUGGUUGGAAGAGUUUCUCCUUCAGCACCGGCUUCUAAGAGUGCUAGUCAUAAUAACCACAUUCAAAAGUUCAUGCAAAUGAACCAACACCAGAAGACUUUAGGGGAGUGGCUUGAGAAAGAUGUGGUUCAUUAUCAUUGUUCGAGUCCCGAUUCAGCACUAUCCCCACUAUCACUGGCUCCAUCCCCAAACAUGGGAACCUUCUUGGGUGCAUUUUGGGCUCUUUCACCCAAGAUCAUGGUGGUGACCGAGCAGGAGUCCGACCAUAAUGGCUAUUCAUUAACAGAAAGGGUGUCUGAAGCUAUGAACUUCUAUGCUGCUCUCUUUGAUUGUUUGGAGUCAUCUACUGAUCCCAGAGCUUCAUUAGAGAGACAAAAGGUCGAGAAGAUGUUAUUCGGUAAGGAAAUCAAGAACAUAAUUGCUUGUGAAGGGAACGAGCGAAGGGAAAGACAUGAGAAGUUGGAGAAAUGGAUCCUGCGGCUUGAGUUAGCCGGGUUUGGGAGAGUUCCUCUGAGUUAUGAUGGGAUGUGGCAAGCAAACAGAUUACUGCAGAGUUAUAACUAUGGAGGGUAUAAGAUCAAAGACAAGAAAGGAUGCUUGCUCAUUUGCUGGCACGACAGACCUCUGUACUCCAUCUCGGCUUGGAGACAUAGGAGGCAAUAGUAAAAAGAGCCAACUUCAACACCUUCAAUAAGUUUUUCUUUCUUAGAUUUCCAUUAUCUCUUUUUGGAUUUCUGUAGCUUUUGAUUUUAAUGUUUCUCUGUACAAACGAUGGUUUUCUCCAUCUUGCCAUCUGCAUAGUGUUACUCCUGUAUGAUCUGAGUGGGUUCCUUCAUCUAACCUCUUCGACCAUUUUUGGUGUGUUCCUUGUUUUGUCCAUCUAUCAAUUUCUUUCUUAAGGUUUUUGCUCCCCUCCAUCUGCAUGUAUCAAUCCAACAGAAAUGAAAAAAAGUUGAGGCU